UUUAGUCCUUGCAAGGUUGUUACGCUAAUCGCACGCAAGAAAUUACCACACCACCGCCAUACAUCAUUUCGCUCUCUAUCUACGCUUUUAAUUCCACGGCUUCAUUCAAAAUAAGAGCAUAUUUCUAUAUACACGAACAAACAUUUUUUAUCAACAAUAUUCGGCUGUUUUUUUUUUUGUCUGCCUCUCUUUCGGAUUUAAUUAAUUCAGUGAUUCAUCGAAAUAAUCGAUCGGCAUCAAGUUUAAAACCGAAAGAAAACGUUAUGUUUCCGCGAAUUUCGUAACACUUCAACAUCGAAUGAGUAACUGAUAACAACUAAAAAUACAACAAAAAAACAUCAACUGUCGGUGUCGCGAAUUAAAAAAGAAACAAACUGAUAAAAAGCUAUACACAACUCGGGUUGAUUGUAAAAACAUAUUAUUUUUUUUCUACGUAAAUUUAUAUCAAUUUUUGGUGAAUUUUUGUGCUCUUAUCGCAUUAAGAAUUUGUAAUAUAUAUAGUACGGACUAAAGAAACGCAGAAAAGUUUAACUCGUUUUUUAUUAUCAAAAUAAACGCACGUUUAAAAAGUGAAAUCUAUUUUGUCGCCGCGAUCAUUCAAACAAGUGGCAUUGUUUGCAACAAUAUUUGUUAUGUUAAAUCCAUUGAAAUAAAAAGACGCAGUCUUGACGAUGACAUUUAAUGCUGGUCUAGUUGUAUGUUACUGCUUAGUCGGUUUGGCGCAGUUUGUGCGCGCUGGACCGAUAGAUGCGGCAUUGAAUUGGGCUCGCGCUGACAAACUACCGAUUGAAAUUGACGUCAAUCUACCGUGGCUACCAUUCGAGAACGAGACCAGAUGUUACGGUGAAAUUGGAUGUUUGAAUAUUACCCGCGAAUGGUACCAUUUAAUCCAUCGUCCUUUUAACGUAUUUCCAUUGCCGCGCAGUGUCAUUAACACCCGAUUCAUUUUGUACACGGAGAAAAAUCCAAUUGAAGGCCAACUUCUUGUUGCCGAUGAAAAAGACGCGAUUAAAAAGACCAAUUUCAAUCCGAAAUGGUUAACCAAGUUUAUCAUUCAUGGUUUUAUCGAUACGCCACUGUCAAAUUGGGUGUCUGAAUUGCGCGAUGAACUGAUUAUGCGUAAGAACUUGAACGUGAUUGUCGUUGAUUGGGCUGGCGGCUCGUUACCAUUGUACACACAGGCCACGGCAAACACACGAUUGGUUGGCUUAGAGAUAGCGUAUUUGAUUAAAAAAUUGCAACAAGACCAUGAUUUACGGCCAGAGGAUGUGCAUCUGAUAGGGCAUUCAUUGGGGGCACACACAGCAGCCUAUGCAGCUGAACGCAUACCAGGCAUUGGACGAAUUACCGGUUUAGAUCCCGCUGAGCCGUACUUCCAAGGAAUGGGACCAAAUGUCAGACUUGACCCAUCAGAUGCCACAUUUGUUGAUGUUAUCCACACCGACGCAAGAAGUUUCUUUUUACUGGAAAUACCGGGCUAUGGAAUGUCACAGGCUUGCGGUCAUAUCGAUUUUUAUCCGAAUAACGGCAAAGAACAGCCCGGCUGUGCACUGUCACAAGAAGGCGGAACACUAAUACCAUUGACCCUCAUCAAAGACGGUAUCGAAGAAGCGUCACGCGUACUUUUGGCAUGUAACCAUGUCAGAGCAAUCAAAUUGUUUAUUGACAGCAUAAAUGGAAAAUGCCCCUAUGUUGCGCAUCGAUGCCCAUCGUAUCAACACUUUUUGCUUGGCCGCUGCUUCAAAUGUAAUACAGGAAAUUGCGCAAUUAUGGGCUAUCAUGCAACACUACCAAAGAUUCAGUCAUUUAAUUCAUCCGAAAAUGAGGUCGUACCAUCCGAGCGCAACGAUCAACCGGAAAAUGUUUCCGUUGCACCGGGUAAAUACUUCCUGGCUACCGGGAAGGAAUAUCCAUUUUGUCAGCGUCACUAUCGGUUCACAAUUGAAUUGGCCAAACCGCGACAGGCUGAACGAUGGGUGCAAGGCUAUAUGACCGCAUCAAUUUAUUCGGAUCGAGGAGCAUUGCGUAGCAUUGACUUGACCAAAGGAACCGCACGCCUGGAGCAUGGAUCCAAAUAUCAAAUUGUUAUCCCGAAUCCGCAUGAUUUGGGUGACAACAUUCGCAAAGUCGAAUUGAAUUGGACACAUGAGAUGAACGUAUUGGAGCCACGUUCACUGUGUCUAUUCUGGUGUAACGAUCAUUUGUAUGUGAAAUCGAUUGUAGUCGAAACAAUGCAGAUGCCAUCUAGAGAAAAGCGAAACACGGAAUUUUCGCAUAAAUUAUGUGCACCGAAGCGCGAGUAUGCUGAUAUCGCGAAUCGUGGAUCGUCCAUUUUUUACGAUGAUUGCAAAUUGUGAUCCCAUCAUAAAAAACAAAUGAACACAGAUAUACGCACACAUUCACGCGACACAUACGUUGAACAGGCCAUGGCGUAGCACUGAUUACUUCCCUUUAUUUCGUUGGUCAAAUGGAACUUUGUAUGCAUUUAAAACAUAAUUCCACAAAUCACAUACAUGAUUCAUGCAAAACAAAACACAAAAAAAAACGCACACCCACACAUGUUUUCGCACAAAUUCGCUGAGAUUUCAUCGAUGAUCGAUGGCAAUGGACGACAGUGAAAUGCUUUCAGCGUCAACUAUCAACGAGUUUUUUUUAUUAGCUAUAAUAUAUCUAUUUUGCGCAAGACAUUUGCUCAAUCAACUUGGAAUUUAAGUGAGAGAAAUUUUUGUAACAAAAAUUUAUUUCUUCAUCUUUUUUUUUUAGAAAAAAAAACUACAUUAUCCGCAAUUAGAAAUUUUACGCAAUUUUCUAAUGGUCUUAUUCUUUAAAAUGGUUUUAAUUUCUUUUUUUGUUUUGUUUAAGCAUUAUUUAGUUUUUGUAAGCGAAGCUUUUAAUUAUAUAUGUAUGAGAUGUGUAGUACUUUUUUUGUAUGAAGAAAGAGAAAAUUAGUGUAUAGGUUUUUAAUUUGUCCUCUACAUUCAUGUGGUUCAUUGUAUACUGUUGUUAGUCUCUUCUCUCCCUCUCUCCCUCUCUCCCUCUCUAUGUCUGCCUUCUGAGACGUAGCACUACCCUAAGCUUUCCAAACAACAUCGAAAUGAAAUAUUUUCAUCAUUAUAUGGAUUUAGAAAUAGCAAGCGGUCAUUAUUUUGUAAAUCAUAUUUACCCACUGGUUGUAGUAUGCUCCUCUGGUAAAUGAUCAGAUUUUUUCAAUUUUCCCUGUGAGACAACAAUACAAAAUUUUGAAGAAGAACAUUAACAUAAUACCACAAAGUUGAUCCAUUGACCGCAACAAUAGCUGCCACGCAGCUAACAAAAUACAACGAAUUACAAAACAUCGAAAAGUAGAAUGUGAACGUAUCUGUUGAGAUGAGGCGCUCAAGCCGGAGCCAAGGAAAAGAAUGUGUCCAUCAAAAUCGAAACGUGUGAAUUAAAUUUCGAGAAUGACAAAUGAUGCCUGAACAGCACUUGAGUGUUAACAACGUGUUAGGUUGAAUAUUCGAAAUUUAAAUCAUUCGAUUGAUUGAAUGGGUAAAAUGCGAAAAUAUAACAAAAUUUGUGAUAAUUUUUUUUCUUUUUUUUUUACAUUUAGUCUUAAUUUGUUAAGGAGUCCGAUAAACUUGUAUGAAACGUGAAGAAAUAAAAUAGGAAAAAUAAAAAAAAA